AUGCAUAGUCGUAUUAGUCGGGGUCCUAAUGGCCAAUUUAUAAUCAGAAUUCAAGAAAAUGUACUACUCUAUUGUUGUCAACUUGUCAUUACUCUGCUGUUAGCCCUUUCAACUUCAGUAAAUGGCCAAACUAUUGGAUCACCAAUUCAAUCUCCUGCACCAGCACCAGCACGAGCACCAGCUCCACAAUACACAAACCUAACUGAACUACUCUCGGUUGCUGGCCCGUUCCACACGUUCCUCGAGUACCUUGUAUCCACAAAAGUCAUCGAUACGUUCCAAGAACAAGCCAACAACACAGAAGAAGGAAUCACAUUGUUUGUACCUAAAGACUCAGCCUUUUUUAAACUCAAGAAACCGUCUCUUUCGAAUCUUACUGUUGAUCAACUUAAAUCCCUUUGCCUUUUUCAUGCAUUGCCACAUUACUAUAGUUUAGCUGAUUUCAAGAACCUUAGUGAAAUUAGCCCUGUUAGUACUUUUGCUGGAGGAGAAUUGUAUUCAUUGAACUUCACUUAUGUAUCAGAGACCGUUCAUCUUAGCUCAGGAUGGACUAAUACUAAAGUUAGUAGCGCAGUUCUUGCUACUUAUCCGGUUGGUGUUUAUCAGGUGGACAAAAUUUUACUUCCUGAAGCAAUUUUUGGGACUAAUAUACCACCAACACAAGCAUCAGCACCAGCACCAGCACCAGUAGUAGACAUUGCCCCGGAUGCUGAUAGUCCUGAUCAUGGCAAAAAUUUAGCAACAUCAUCUCAGGAUUCUUCAUCGCGUUCGUCUUCUCAUAGGAUGAUGAGUUGGGGCAUGUUGAAUCACUUGUUCUUGGCAAUUGUUGGUGGAUUCUUGAUGUUGUUGUAAAAUUUUGUUGUUUAACUUAUGUUUGCAUCUGUUUUUUUAAAUGGUUUUUGA